CUGACACGGGGAGAAAGAAACAGAUUGAGAACAAGGAGAGGGAUGACAAUAUAUGGAGAUAAAUAAGACGGAAUCAAAACAAUAGAGCACUGACUGAGCGGGUGGGAGAGAGACAGAGAAAUAUUUAUAUAUAUAGAUAUCUUACGGAGAGAGAGAGAGGGAGGGAGAGAGAGGGAGAGACAAGAGUAGGGGCGCACGAGAAAGAAAGAGAUAGUGAAGGCGGAGUGUGUGCUGGAUAGAGGGAGAGAGGGAGAGAGAGGAGAGAGAGGGGAGAGAGAGCGAGAGAGAAGCAGUCGCUCCACCGAGGAAAGAUGGCUACAGUGGCGGCGAACGGGGUGCAGCAGGAGAAUGGAUUCAGCACCACGAACAGCGGAGGCAGGAUGAACGGACUCUCCCUCGGCCAGAACACGAUCCCCAUGAAGGACCACGACGCCAUCAAGCUCUUCAUCGGCCAGAUCCCCCGGAAUCUGGAGGAGAAGGAUCUGAAACCCCUAUUUGAGGAAUUCGGCAAGAUUUACGAGCUCACCGUGCUGAAAGACCGGUUCACCGGGAUGCAUAAAGGAUGUGCCUUUCUCACGUACUGUGCCAGGGAAUCGGCGCUGAAGGCCCAGAGUGCCCUGCACGAGCAGAAGACCCUGCCUGGGAUGAACCGGCCCAUCCAGGUGAAACCAGCUGACAGCGAAGGACGAGGAGAAGACAGGAAGCUCUUCGUGGGCAUGCUGGGCAAGCAGCAGAGCGAAGAUGACGUGCGGCGGCUGUUCGAGAGCUUCGGCCAGAUCGAGGAGUGCACCAUCCUGAGAGGGCCUGAUGGGGCCAGUAAGGGCUGUGCCUUUGUCAAGUUCUCCAGCCACGCCGAAGCACAGGCAGCCAUCAACACCCUGCACGGUGGACAGACCAUGCCGGGUGCCUCCUCCAGUCUGGUGGUGAAGUUUGCUGACACAGACAAGGAACGCACUUUACGGAGGAUGCAUCAGAUGGCUGGUCAACUUGGGAUCUUCAGUCCCAUGACCAUCCAGUUCGGCGCUUACGGAGCUUACACCCAUGCUGUAAGUGAUAGUUUCUCCUGGCAGCAAAUGAUGCAACAACAAGCUGCCCUCAUGGCUGCCACCCAGGGCUCCUACCUGAACCCUAUGGCAGCCAUCGCUGCAGCGCAAAUGCAGCACAUGGCAGCAUUCAACGUCAACGGCCUCGUCGCAGCUCCCAUGACUCCCUCCUCAGGCACCAGCACCCCCCCAGGAAUCAGUGCAGCGGCCGUGCCCAGCAUCGCCACUCCGCUUGGUGUGAAUGGGUUCAGUGCCCUCCCACCUCAGAGUAAUGGCCAGCCUGCCUCCGAGCCCAUCUACACCAAUGGAAUUCACCCUUACCCAGCACAAAGUCCAACAGUGGCCGACCCACUCCAGCAGGCCUAUGCGGGGGUGCAGCAUUACGCAGCAGCCUACCCAGCCGCCUAUGCGCCAAUCAGCCAAGCGUUUCCACAGCAACCAGCCAUCAUUCCCCAGCAACAAAGAGAAGGACCAGAGGGCUGCAACCUUUUUAUUUACCACCUUCCCCAGGAGUUUGGUGACGCUGAGCUCAUGCAGAUGUUCCUGCCUUUCGGCAACGUCAUCUCUGCCAAAGUUUUUGUGGACCGGGCGACCAACCAGAGCAAAUGUUUUGGCUUUGUGAGUUUUGACAACCCGUCCAGUGCCCAAGCUGCCAUCCAAGCCAUGAAUGGCUUCCAGAUCGGCAUGAAGAGGCUGAAGGUGCAGCUCAAGCGGCCGAAGGAUGCCAACCGGCCUUACUGACACUGCUGCCAUCCGCACCAGGAUGAAGGGCCCCAGAACCUUAUUUCCACAAGUGCAGUAUAAGUACAAAGACUUCUCGCUCUGCUACAUAUCACGAAUGAACGCUGGUCCCUUGGUUAUUCAGGAAAGGAACGGAGGAAUUGAGAAACCGGGAAAAGGAACCAGGCUUUUCUUUUUUCCUACCUGAUUUUUGCUUUUUUUUCCCUCUUUGUCCCCAUCCCUGUUUUCUGCUUUGGCGUGUAUGGAGGAGAGGUUUGCCGAGGAUGAGGACGUUCUGCUGCUGUUUUUCAAAACUGGAUGGAACACCGUGAAACAUGCAUUGUGCUCAUGGCAUGCCUAUUGAUGCACUCACGCAUAUACACACAUGCAGAUAUGUACACUUAUACACACACACACACACACACAUACACACAUACACAUACACGCACACAUGCACACACACUCCAGCCGGCUGGCUUUUUGGUUUUUGUGCCUACACAGGUAUUUGAGAGCCCUGGCUGCAGGAUUAGCAGGGCAAGUUUUGGAAAAAAUGGACAUAGAAGAGGAGAAUCCAGGAUUAUUUACACGCAUCAUUCCUUAGAAAAUAGGGACCAAAGGACUAAAUGCUUUUUAAAAGAAUAUAUAUAAAAUAUAUAUAUAUUUAAAAAACUGUCUUACCUUGUAGCUGGAAGUAUUAAAACUUAAUAGUAGCUAGAAGAUAUACAUCAUUAAAUCAGUAUCCAGUGGCCUAAAUAUGGAUUAAAGAAAAAAGAUACAUAAAAAGUAAGAAAAAAAAAUGUAAUGUACAAUAGGGGGCCGAGAGAUAAAAAUGAUUUGUUCUGGUAGCGACUUGCUGUAACCGAUAGUUUAGCACAGUAGACUAGAAGAGUAGAUUUGCAAAUUUCUGGCUUUUUUUUGUUUUAAGAAAAAAGUCUCGAACUUGUGAAUGAAGGUGGGGCAGGAGGUGGGGACAUUCAGUGACCUUUUCCACUGUCCCUACAAGAGCUGUGUCUCUGCACAGGACGUAAAGUUUGGCCACUGGAUACCAUGUUCAUCCCGAUGUUCAUUUCACUGCAGCUUUCCGCCUGACAGCUACCGAGAGGACAAACGGGAGAAGGAGCAAGAUCUCAAGCGGCCGGUGCGCAGAACUCGGCGGCUUCCCACAUAGCUUUGUGUUCAAGUGACAAUCUAUCGAGAAGACCAAGUGAAAAUGGCAUGGUGUUCUUUUCCUUCUUUUUUAACGCUUUCUUUUUUUACUACGACAGGGAACGUGCUGUCAUGAAAUGUAUUUAAAAAAAAAGAACAGAUUUUGCAAAGGAGUUCGUGGACAAUGAGGAGAGAAGUGUGAGUGUAGGAGUGACUCGAUAGCUACUGCAACUGCCAAACGAGGGGACUCUGGACAUGGAUCAAAACAGCUUGGCUGGCACCGUGUUUCCCGUCACAUUCCCCAGCUACGCAAGGUGAAAGCAGAAUGUCUGCGCCGCUGAAACGGAAUGGGACUUUGGCCGAGCUGUUUGGGCUCCAGAGCACUGCUCUGAGACUGAGCUCUGCAAAAUAAAUGCAUAUCUGCUGUAGGUGUGAAUGCGAUGCGUCAUCAAACCAACUGCAAAAAUGCCUACGUUGACCUCUGUCUGUCAGACGAUGGACUGAGAGAACCUAAACAAUGGCUGUAGGUGACAAAGAAAUGACUGACAGCCUUUAGUACUAAUAUCGCUUUGUCAUUAUAUUAUAGGAAAUGGGGGCCAGAAUAUGUUCCCUGACCAGCUUUCCUCACAUUUUCUAUAAUGAGCCUGUGGACCGACCUUCUCUCACUGCAUGAUGCAGAUAUAACUCCAGCCUUCUGUAAAUCUAGGCCAUUCCAAAGCUGAGGGGCAGGCAACAGCUCUACUCUGCCAUAUAUCUAUCACAAACAGUGGUCGCCAGCCAACAUAGGCGUUGUCUUUCGUAGCAGCCUGGUAACAUUGCAUUGACAUUACAUAAAUGUGACAAUGAUA